UGCAGCUAAACAGUAAACUAACUCACAGACAAAUGACAAUAGGUUAUGCGAAAAUAAUAAAUAAUAUCAAUUACCAUUUAAUGAUCGAUCGUUAAUGCGCUAUUAAAAUAAUUGUUACCGGUUUUGAAAUAUAGUUAUAAAAUGUAUUUACUAUGGUCUAUAGCCAAGUAAUCAGCAUCUAGUCAACAAUGGAAGUCGGAAUGCACAGUACAAUAAAUAACAGAAUGAGGAUGUGGCCAAAUCGCCAGAGUAUUGGAUUGCGUAUACGAUCAGCCUCGGCAGGUCGUGACAAAAGAUCUGAACUUCGCAACCGAUCUUGGACAUACCUAUUCGAUAACUUGCGGCGGAAUAUUGAUGAAAUUUAUCAAAUAUGCGAAAGUGAUGAAAAUGUUUACGAAUGCAAAGAGGCAAUAAUGGUUUUACAAAACUAUAUACAUGACUUUCAUAGCUUAGUAGAAUGGUUUCGCUUAAAAUGGGAGUAUGAACAUACAGAUCCACCUCAAAGACCAAAUUUUCUUGCUUGGGAAAUAAGAGGUGCUUCACCUAGAAAGAUGCUUCAAAAACCGUGCAUUUCUCCUGGACUAACACGGAAAAAAUUAGACCUUUUAUCGGAAUCGUUAAGUAGUGACAAAAGUAAUACUGAUUUUCAUGAAGUUGAUGAAAAAGAAGAUAAUUCAAUAAAAAAGUUAUUUACAAACCAAUGUAGUCAAACAGAUUUUGAGCCUAUAACUAAGGUAGUAACUGAACUAGAAGAUACUUCAAAGAAAGUGUUUAAACCGAUUACAAAACCAAUUGUGAAAUCAUUGACAGUUGAUAAUCAAAAGAAAAAAAUUCCUGUUUUCGUUCCUAAACCAGUCAAACUGUUAAAAUCAAAAGAAGAUGAUAAAGAAAAAGCCAAAACAGAACCGUUAAAAAGAACUCUUACAUCAAUGGCUCAUUUGUCUCGUUCGUCAACAACCGUCGUAAACACAAAGUCUGUAGAAUGUAUUAAAAAAACCUCUACGAGUAUACAUUCAAAAGAAGAAAAACCCAAGUUAGUUACUAAAAAAAAUACUACUGCUGUGAAUGUAAACUCUAAAAAAAUUCCAUCAUCGAACGAUGUAAAGAAAAAUAAUGUUGAUGAAUCAUCUCGUGUAACUGACAACAGUAAUCAGAAGAUCAAUUUAGCUAAAUCUAAAAGAAAAUCUGUCGAAUCGCUUCAAAUGGUAAAUAAUGUCUCUCCAAAACCAGAAAAAAUUACACGUUCAAAGACUUCUAUCGACAUGAAAGCAAUAAAAGUUUCAAAACGUGGUAUCAUCAAAGGGAACGACGGUUGGGAAACUGUGAUUAGAUCACGUCGUAGUAAUCCGUUAACACAAAGUUCGAGUAGUAUUAAGGUAAAAACCCAAUUUGAUAUUAAAAAACGUUUCCAAGUUCCAUCGGCCGCCAGUUCAUUGCCAGCUUUAUCAUUGGACUUGGUGUCUAGUCCUGAGGAACCUGAGCCCAAAAAUGUAAUUCCGGAUAAAAACGAACGCCCAAUCAUAUCAAAUGCGGUUACAUAUCCAAAGAAAAAAGGUAAACUAGUAAAGCCGCCAAUCCAAAAAUGCAAAAAAAUCGAUCAGAUAAGAAAUGAAAUGUUAAAAAAUGAAAUCGAAGAACGUCGAAUGUGCGACGAAGAACUAUUACGUAAUAGACAGUUUUUUGAUGAAGAGAUGAUGUUAGCCAGAGAAAUACGAGAGUUAGAAAAUGCCGAAAGUAGUUGUAGUGAUGAUAUGACUCAAUCGGACCGUUACUCAGAUCUUUUGGAUAAUAUGAUUCUCACCGAACGAAUGUACACUAUUAACGAAAUUAAAGCACUAAUAGAGUAUGGCAAUGAAAGUGCUAUUGAUUCUAUCGGUAUGCAAUCUUGGGAUAUAAGUAGAUCUACUGAAUCAAUAAAACAAACGUACAGUGCCCGACAAGCAAAAGCCCAUCAAAAACGACAGCAAUUGCUUCUAGAUAAAUCAUCUAAAGUGCGUGAAUUACUCAAGAAGGUCGGCGAAAGAAAAAUGUUACAAACGCAACUCAUUGACGAAAAACGCAUAAAUAUAGAUAAGAAAUUAAAACGUGCCGAGGAAAAUCGCAAGCAACACUUGCAGCAGAUUCAAAAGAAAGCACACGACGAAGAAGAGAAACUUCGUGAAAUAGCUUUUAUCAAUGAACUCGAAGCACAAAAUCGAAGACACGACAUAUUGACACUGUGGCAAGAGCAGGAAGACCGAUUGCAAACCAUACUUGAAGAGCGUAAACGCAAUCAAGAACGAAAAGCUGCCAAAGAAGCUGCUGUUGAAGAGCGUCUCAAAGCGUUAGAAGCUGAACGUCAAGAGCGUAUCGAGCAGAUAUUGGAGAGGAGACGUAUUAAAGAAGAACGAAUAGGUAGAGAACAACAGGAAAAAGAGAAGGAGAGACAGGAGUUAGCCAGGGAAAAAGCUAAAGAAAGAGAAAAUAAGCUUACAGCGUUGUAUGCAGCACAAAUGGCUAGUACCGAAGAAUUACAGAAGAAAAUACAACAAAAGCAAAAGGAAUCGGCAAAGAGGCAUGAACAAAAUAUUGAGCAUAUCAGACAAAGAGCUCUGGAGUUGGGCGUACAAAAAAAUGAUAUCGACUUGGACAAAUAUUGCACCCCGUGUGAAAUAAUAUUUGAAACUGUAGUCGGUUUACAGCAUCAUUUACGCACAAAAACUCACAAAGAACGUACCAAAAAGAUUAAAAAACGUACUAAAAUGGAACUAUUGGUAACGGACAAGUUUAAUCAAGAUGUAAAAAAGAAGAAGUUAAAAAGAGUGACAUCUCUGGACAGUAUAUCGCUGGAUGUGGAUAUUAACGACGAGAAAACUGGCAACCAAGGAAAAGUGAAAAAUAACCGUAAGCGGUGUUUAAAAUUACGACAUAAAAUGUUGACGAGGAGUAAAAUAUGUGAAGAUAAUUUGAUUAAACCGGAUUCGUCUUCUGUUGAUAAAACGACAAUAGAAAUUUGUGUGAAUUCCAUCGAGAAACAUCUAAACGAAUUAAAGAGUGAACAGUGGUCGAAAAAUGUGAUAAAGAACUUAGAAACUAAAUUGAUAUUCUUAGAAAAACGUUCCAAUGAAAUUCCUGUUAAAGAUUUCCAAUCUUUAAUUUCGCGCAGUGAUGGUUUAAAUGUUUUAAAUAGAAUUUUGAUAAUGGCAUUAAAUGAAGAAAAAUCAGCAAGUUCUUCGGAUUUCCUCACAAAGGUUGUAUUUAAAACGAACAAGUUGUAUAUUAAAGUGUGUAAUAAUAGCGACGCUAAUACAAAUACUGUAAUUUACACGGAAAAUAUUUUCAUAAUUUUGGACUUACUUUUACUCGAACUAAACAAAGUCAUUCCUGAUAGUGGUGUGGACAGUAAUUUUAAAAUUAAAGCUCAAACAGAUUGUGCAAUUAGCGGACAGCUGUUAGAAUUGUUAAGUGCAGUUUUAUUAUCAUUUAAAUUUAGCCAACAAGAAGACCAAGAACAAAUCCAUGACUUAAUCAGUUAUACGUGUUACAUUGGUUUACUUGAGAAAAUAGUUCACUUUUUCACAUUAGUCCGAGACAGUUACCCUGAAACUAAUGGAAAUGUAUCCGAUUUUGUCAUUCAUUGUUUGUCGUUUAUCGGCAGUCUCUCAAAAAUCAAUACCGAAGUAAUGGUGAAGAAGUACACUGAAAUUCUCAGAAAUACUGAGUUGAUGGGCGUCAUGCCAGUUUUGUACAGUGUAUUGUUACGAAAUGAUUGUAGCACUAACGGUCUGGGGCCGACAGAUCUGUCGUUUGCCGCCCUUAAAGUUACCAAAGCAGUAUUUAGCAUGUUGACAUCUAUCGCUAAAAUGGAUCCUAACACAUUCCAAGAAGUGUUGAAAGUUGAAAGUCUGUCCGUCCAAUUUCGACAUAUAGCCAGAUAUUUAUUGUGGUUCUGUUCGGAAAAGCCUGAGAGCAAAGAUUUAUUAAACGAAGUCAUUGUUGCUGUUGGCUAUUUUACUCUGAACAGUAGUCAGCACCAAUCAAUGUUACAGUCUGGACCGUCGCCGACAGUCCUUCAACUACUCUGUACCUUACCGUUUCAGUAUUUCAGUAAUCCCGCAUUGACUUCAAUCCUAUACCCAACGCUUUUGGCGUGUUGUUCAAACAAUGCACACAACAAAUCGUUAGUGGAGUCUGAAAUAUGCUUUGACUUGCUGGAAGAAUUCCAAAAGUCCAUUCAAAGUAAGAACAUUCAAAUUAUUCAGCUGAUAAAAUAACAAUGUCCUAAUUAAUUGUAGUUUACGUGCAAACUGAAUAUAAUAAUAUGUGUACCUCCCUACCAUAAAUUUAAAUAAUAUUAUCUCUAUUAAUCAUUUCUGUAAUAAUUAUUAAGGUUCACCAACAAGUGGAAUUAACAUACUAGUCUGUUAACCUUGUGAUAAAAAAAAAAACCAAUUGUGUAAUAUUUUACUUUUUAGUUUAUAGAUAAUUUUCAUCAAUAUAUUAUUAUACUUAGAAUUAUUAUUGUUGGUUAAAAUGUAAUUUCAACUAAUAUAAAUAUCGUUGUUAGACAA